UCCGGGCUCCUCCGGCCCCGCCAUGGGCUGCUGCAGCUCCGCCUCCUCAGCCGCGCAGAGCUCCAAGCGAGAAUGGAAGCCGCUGGAGGACCGUAGCUGCACAGACAUACCGUGGCUGCUGCUUUUUAUCCUCUUCUGCAUUGGGAUGGGAUUUAUUUGUGGCUUUUCAGUAGCAACAGGUGCAGCAGCAAGACUAGUAUCAGGAUAUGACAGCUAUGGAAAUAUCUGUGGGCAGAAAAAUGCAGAGUUGGAAGCAAUACCAAACAGUGGCAUGGACCACACCCAUCGGAAGUAUGUAUUCUUUUUGGAUCCAUGCAAUCUGGACUUGAUAAACCGGAAGAUCAAGUCUGUAGCACUGUGUGUAGCAGCAUGUCCAAGACAAGAACUGAAAACCAUAAGUGAUGUUCAGAAGUUUGCAGAGAUAAAUGGCUCAGCACUAUGCAGCUAUGACCUAAAGCCUUCUGAAUAUGCAUCAUCAAAAGUAAAAGGUCUUUGCCCCAAACUACCUGUUCCAGCGAGUGCACCUAUUCCAUUCUUCCAUCGCUGUGCUCCUGUGAACAUUUCCUGCUAUGCCAAGUUUGCAGAGGCCCUGAUCACCUUUGUCAGUGACAAUAGUGUCUUACACAGGCUGAUUAGUGGAGUAAUGACCAGCAAAGAAAUUAUAUUGGGACUUUGCUUGUUAUCACUAGUUCUGUCCAUGAUUUUGAUGGUGAUAAUCAGGUAUAUAUCGAGAAUACUUGUGUGGAUCUUAACAUUUCUGCUCAUCCUGGGUUCACUUGGUGGCACAGGUGUGCUCUGGUGGCUGUAUGCAAAGCAAAGAAAGUCUCCCAAAGAAACGGUUAUUCCUGAUCAGCCUCAGGUAGCUGAGGCCAAUCUUCGGGCCCUCCUCAUCUAUGCCAUUUCAGCAACAGUGUUCACGGUUAUCUUGUUCCUGGUCAUGCUGGUGAUGCGCAAGCGGGUUGCUCUCACCAUUGCCUUGUUCCACGUGGCUGGCAAGGUCUUCAUUCACUUGCCACUGCUAGUCUUCCAGCCCUUUUGGACUUUCUUUGCUCUUGUCCUGUUUUGGGUGUACUGGAUCAUGACACUUCUCUUUCUUGGCACAGCCGGUAGUGCUGUUCAGAAUGAACAAGGCUUUGUGGAGUUCAAAAUGUCAGGGCCUCUGCAGUACAUGUGGUGGUACCAUGUGGUGGGCCUGAUUUGGAUCAGUGAGUUUAUUUUAGCCUGUCAGCAGAUGACUGUGGCAGGAGCUGUGGUGACCUACUAUUUUACUAGGGAUAAAAGGAAUUUGCCAUUUACACCAAUUCUGGCAUCAGUGAAUCGCCUUAUUCGUUAUCACCUUGGUACCGUGGCAAAAGGUUCUUUCAUUAUCACGUUAGUCAAAAUUCCACGAAUGAUCCUUAUGUACAUUCACAGUCAGCUCAAAGGAAAGGAAAAUGCUUGUGCUCGAUGUGUGCUGAAAUCUUGCAUUUGUUGCCUUUGGUGUCUUGAAAAGUGCCUAAAUUAUUUAAAUCAGAAUGCAUACACAGCCACAGCUAUCAACAGCACCAAUUUCUGCACCUCAGCGAAGGAUGCCUUUGUCAUUCUCGUGGAGAAUGCUUUGCGAGUAGCUGCCAUCAACACAGUGGGGGAUUUCAUGUUAUUCCUAGGCAAGGUGCUGAUAGUCUGCAGCACGGGUUUGGCUGGGGUUAUGCUGCUCAACUACCAACAAGAUUACACAGUAUGGGUGCUGCCUCUGAUCAUCGUCUGCCUCUUUGCUUUCCUAGUCGCCCAUUGCUUCCUGUCCAUUUAUGAAAUGGUAGUGGAUGUUUUAUUCUUGUGUUUUGCCGUUGAUACAAAAUACAAUGAUGGGAGCCCAGGCAGAGAAUUUUAUAUGGAUAAAGUACUGAUGGAGUUUGUGGAAAACAGUAGGAAAGCAAUGAAGGAAGCUGGUAAGGGAGGCGCUGCUGAUGCCAGAGAGCUAAAACCGAUGCUGAGGCGAAGGUGACUGGUCCCAGGAGCCCAGAAGAAUGGACUCAGAGGAGGCUGUUUACAUGAGGUUCUCCCACUCACCAGCUGUUGAGAGUCUAUGGAUGAAGAGCAGGAUCUUAUUACUUCAAUGGAAGCCUGUGACCAUGAUCCCAGCCACCAGUAGCCAAGAGGACUUGGUACAGUGCGGCUGCCUAAUAAAUGAUUCAUCAGAAGCAUUUGAUACAAAUGUGUUGCAGCAGCAUCUUCAAAUUUAGUGUUGCCUUCUUAUCUAGGCUUGUGUUUGUUCAGAGAUCCCCACUGCCUCUCACUUCCGUGCCAGUACUGACCUGAAGGCUGGAUCCACAGUGGAUUCUCGUCCUGCAGGCUGGCUCUGUUUGACUGCUAUUUAUAAAGCCAGUGUAGGUUAGUAACUAUUUAUUGAGUGCCAGUUCCAUGGCAAUUGUUAGUGCUUUACAAACAUUUAAUCCUCAUGCAAACCCUGUUGCAUGAGGUUGUACCUGCUAUCUCCAUUCUGCCCUCGAGCAAAUGGAGGCUCAGAGAGGUUGGACGCUGUGUACAAAGUCACACAGUUGGCAGAGUAAGGGCUCAAACUGAGAGAAAUCUAAAGCCCCUUCACUGUAACACGCUGCUUUUCUUCACUGCUGCAGAGAUCAUUAGUGCUGCCCUCCUGCAUGUUCUCACUGGCAUUCUUCUCAUAAAUGAGGUGGGGAUGGCCGUGUACGUGAUGGCAAGUGUCUGAGAGGGAGGGUCAGGAGGCUUUAGAGGCACUGAAGAAUCGCAGAAUUAUUCUCUAGGAAAAAUAACACAAUGCUCUUUUUGAUCAGAGGUUGAUAAACUAUGCCUGGUAAGUCAAAUCGGCUCCCAACCUCUUGUAGCAAAUCGAGUUUUAUGGGAACACAGCCACGCCCAAUCCUUUAUGUACUGCCCAAGGCUUCUUACUCUCUACAAUGGCCGAGUUGCAUAGUUGUGACAGAGGCCAUAUGGCCCUUGAAGCCUAAAAUACUGAUGCUCUGGGCCUUUCUAGAAAAAGUUUGCUGACACCUGUUUUACAUGACUGGGGAAGAGAGCCAAUAGUUCUUGUUAGCACCAAAGUAUAUUUUUUUUUCCAUUUGACGGAAAAACAAAGAUUUGUACUGCUAAGGUCAUCACUGGUGGCGGUUGGAGUUGGGGAGAGGGUUGAUGGCUAUAGGGACUGAACCAGGGAAGGUUAAAGGACAGGGAGGAGAAGGCAGGUCUGAGCCUCUGGGUCCUCAGCCCAGACUCAUCCCACUCAUGUCCUUCCUGUUUCACCUGCCAAAUCAAGUUUCCUGAAAUAACUCUGCUCAUAAACUUUUAAGUGGCUUCCCACUUAUAAAAUACUCAAAUUCCAACAUCCCAACCUGGAAUGUAGAGAUCAUAACAAUCUGACCCCUAUGAAUCCCUCUCUCCAUCCCUUUUAUUCUUUUUUUAAUCAUGAGCCAGUCAUGCCAAAUUUGAGUUUAUAUUUCAAAGCCAGUGGACUUGUCUUUGAUUUACUUUUAUAUAAGCAGAAAAGUAAACAUAUAAUACUUGUGGGUGAUAAUGGGAAACCAGGCUGAGCUUUCACACCUGGUGUUUCACCUAAGCUAAAAGUUAUAAACAAGAAUAUAUAAAUGUUUCAGUUAUUAAUACUUUUCUACAAAAGACAUUAUCCAGUUGUUUAGAAAAAAUAUUCAAACUAAGGUUUUGUUUUUAAAUUGUAUUAUC